CGAGGGGCCGGCCGGAGGAGCUGAGCUGAGCAAGAUCGACGAAAGUGUAAUACUACCCUAAGUAAAACAUGUCGCUUUCCAUGAUGUUUGUGGAGAAAAUGCUGAGGACGAGAGUGACUAACUUUGUUAGAAAAUAGUUAUCGCUUAAAGAAAUACAUUAGGAUCAAGUAUGGAUGAGAAGACAGAAAAAGAAAAGCAGAAGUUUGUUUGCAAAUUAUGUAGCUUGGAUUACCCUUCUUCUAUACAAUUUGAAGAGCAUCUCUGGUCUAUGCUUCACCACAAGGCUAUUAACAAUAAAUCCAAUAGUACAAAACAUCACUGCAACCUGUGUAUGUUUGAAACGUACAAACUUAAUGAAUAUGCAAAGCACCUUAUCGGUGAAAAACAUAAGAAGUCACUUGUUGAGAGGAGAAAAAGAUUGGAAGAUGCUCAGAUGGUCAAACCCUCUACAACAAGUGUUUCUAAGAAAUUAGAAAGCCAGGUGAACCAAAGGCAGACAGACCCAAACCAGACCUUUCCAAGGCCAGUGUAUCCACAGAGAAGGGGAUCAAAUACAUUUCAUGAAACUUCCUCAAGUAAUGUUGGUUAUCAAGAACCAUCUACACAGCAGCAGAAUCACAAUUCAUUCCCAUGGCACCCACCUUUCAGGUUUCAACAACAAAGAUUUGAACAGCCAAGGUAUGAACACACCAGGUUUGGUUCGCCAAACAUUGAGCGCUUUAGAUGUAAUCAACGGCCGAGGUACGGAAAUCCAAAGUUUCAUUACCCACCAAGGUCUGGUCCAUACCCCAGGUUGGAAUCCCCUUGGGUUGGAAACAACAGGUUCGAACCCCCUUGUGUUGAAAAUGACCGGUUUGAACAUGGAAACAACAACAGACCAACUGCACCCUCGAUGGUACCCCCUUGGGUUCAGAAUUCUGGAUUUGAACAUGGAAAUAAUAGACCAAAUGAACCCACAUCUGCACCCCCUAGGUUUGAACAUGGAAACAACAGACCGACUGCACCCACAUCGACACCCCCUGGCAUUGAAAAUUCAAGAUUUGAACGGGGAAACAAACCAACGACACCCACGUCUGCACCCCCUGAUGUUGAAAAUUCUGGGUUUGAACGUAGAAACAACAAACCAACGACACCCACGUCUGCACCCCCAGGGGUUACAAAUUUGAGGUUUGAUCGUGGAAACAACAGACCAAUGACACCCACAUCUGCACCUCGUGGGGCCGAAAACGCCAGGUUACAAAGUGGAAAUAGACCUGUAUUCAAUCCAAAACGGAAGAUUCCCAUAUCAGCUCAAACUGUAAAGAACAAAAAGAAUCCAAAGUUACAUGCAAAUGCAGACAAACAGAAGAGGAAGGAAAAUAAUGCCAAUUUAAAAGAAGAUACUGUGAAAGUAUUGGAGAAUACUAAAAAGCAAAUGCAGCAUUCUGGUGCAUCUCGAGAAGUACCUACCCCCAGCAGUACCCUGAACAAGCAAUCUGGCCAACAUGCUCGCGGGAAUCAACUCCACUCAAACACACUUUCUGUACCUAAUGUCAAGGUUGUUAAAGGUCAUACAACCUCUAAAUCUCCUAAGAUUAAAAAGAAGAAUAAGCCAUCCCUCCAAAAGAAGUUUCAUGAUAUGCAAGGAAGCACUGGGAAUUCUCAGAAAACUGAUGUAGGAAAAGUGGAGAAGAAAAAUAAGUCAAAGAUGUUGUUGCAUCAAAGCUCAGUUGUUUCUCGACAGUCGCCAAUGAAAGACAGCACAAAAACCUCUCAACAUUCCAGUUCAUGUAAAGGCAAUGACAAUAAAAGAACACCCCAGAAAGCUGAUUCUGAGACAGACAGAUUUGAAAGAAAUUUAAGAGAUGCUCUUAAUGGAAAACGUUUUGUUUCCAGUGAUGAGAUGGUCACGUCAUCGAAGAAAGCAGUAGCUUCUGAAAAGUAUGGCAAGUCUUCAACCUUUGGACCGACUUGCCAAACACAAAUGGUUUCAUCAUCAGUAGCAAGAGUAUCAAAUUUCAAGAAACCUGUAAAUAAACAUAUUAGAUUUGAAGAUAUGCCAUGUCAAUCAAACAUUUCGGCAUCUUCGGAAGAAAAAAGAGAUUCCUCAAAGAUCCCAAAUUGCAAGGAAAGUUCAACAACUGGCAAAGAUGGCCAAGAUAUGAGUCCCUCACAAGGGAAAACAGACAGGAAAGCACAAUUCAAGGACUCCAGAAACAAGAAAAGUGGGAAAGUGGUAAAUGAUGGCAAAACUCAAAGUCACAUGGAUAAUUCAACCAGAAAUCCAAGUAUUGAAAACACAAAUCUGAUUUCCUCAACUGGGAAAAGUAAGGAACAGGUUUCAAGUAGAAGUGGUGUAACUGACAAGUGUAACAAAGUUGCCCCUAAGAUAUCAAGUUUUAGGGACAGUUCAAACAGAGGUGGAAGUGUGCAGGACAAUAGACCUUGUUCCUGUACAAAGAACAAAAAAUCAAAACACAAAGAAUUUGUGAUGAGUGACAUGGAAAGUUCAGAAUCAAACGGGUAUGACCAUGACACUUCCCCAAUUUCCUCAACCGUCACAACGGACAGGGACUUAGUGCUCAAGGAACAAGUUAGAAGUACUAUGACUGAAACUGCCAGCAUUGAUGUGCCAUCCAUUUCCAGCUCAUCCUCUCCUGUCCAGAACAGUGAGCAGAACACAGGAAAUCAGUCAUUACUUUCAGCUGUUGGGCAGAAAGUGAACCCACGUCCAAAUGUUGCCAAAGCCAGGAGCAGACUAAGGACGAAAGAUGCUGAACAAACUAAUGCUGGGCAGGCAUUCAAGGAGAAAAUACAAGGACUGCUUAGUGAUGUGGCAAAGCCAGUUUGGCAACAGAAGAAAAUACAUAUGUUACUAGCCAAAGCAAAGAAAGCUCCUGACAGAUUUAAGAGGUUCAGUCAUUUGACGUCAUCACCAAGUCGGUCUGAAGAUCCAAUUGAUGAUAUAGACAUCAUGAACCUCAGUACUGAAUUUCAACAGGAGCUGCUUGACCUGAUCCAGAGCGAAGAUGCCGAUGAAGAGGAUAUUUUGUCUCAGCUUACAGGUAUGGAAGGAAAUGAAUCAAACUUGCAAGAAGCUGUAGGAGGGGACUCGCUUGCACUCUUGUUUGAGCAAUCUGAGCAGAAUGCAGAUGCACUGAUUGGAGACAUCCAGGAGGUACUGCCUCUGAUGAAUCAGCAGAGGUUGAAUAAGGGGAAAGCUGUCACUUCUGAUACUCCCGCAAUAAAAGUAGAACCUCCUGAGACUCUAGGGUCUGAGCAGUUGCUGCAUGAAAAGCAGAGUCUUCCAGGAACAAGUAGCAUGGGAUCAACCGAUACACCAGAACAGCCUUCUUCGGACAUGGCCACCAAUUUAGUUCAGUCUCAGGAACUUUCCACUGGACAGAGUCCCCAGAGUUCUGGUAGCAGAAGACUAGAGGAAGCACAAGAUGCUGAAGGAUCAUCAGAGAGGCAUGACACCAGUGUCACGUCUACCAGUGCCAUUUCAUCUGUGAGUCCAAUUGACUCAGUAGAAACAUCUGGGAAGAAAGGUCACAAGAAGAAAAAGGAGAAGAAAAAGAAGUCAAAAAAAUCUAAGUCAAAGAAAGUUGACGUUGAACUCACAAAGAAGCAAAGACCAAAGUUGAAGACACCUAAGACUUCAAGCGUGAGGAGAAAGUCUGUUCAGUCCACUAUCUCAGAAAAAGCCAACAGAAGAACCAACAGUCCAACCAUUUUGACAGCCACCAAAAUCAAGAAGAAAGUCAUGCAGAGGAGAAAAAUGUUGGACACUGGCAUGGUAGGAGAUACAUGCAUGGACAAUCUGCUUGACAUCACCAUUCAGGAGCAAAAUCUUCAACUGAAGAUGGAUAAACUCAAUUCAAAGAUAGACAAGUUGUAUACCAUCAUCCAGGAGAAAGAGGCUUUGCUGAAGAGUUUCAAGCAAGAAAAAGAAGUGGUUAUCAACAGUCUUUCAGAGUUGAGAGACAAGAGACUCAAUCUUUUAUUAGGACUGACCUCAAGUGAGAAGAUUAGUAAAUCAGUUUCAAGUAGCAGUAGCCACACCGGCAAUGGUCCAUCUUCAUCAAGCCACUCCAACAGUCUUCAGACAGAUACCCAGGAGACAGGAAUAAGCGAUGUCCUCAGUGAAGCAUUGCAGUCCGGAGGGGAGGGUGAUAUCGUGAUUUCUAAUGUGAUGUCGAUGGCCCAGGAGACACCUAGUGAGGGCUUCAGGAUAAUGUUAAGAAGUCCCGCGAGGAAUGUAUCAGAUCAGAGUCAAGGGACAAUGGACACCUUUGGGGAUGUGGGACACAACCAGAAUGAACAGAGCAUUGAUAUAGGAAGUUCUCAGCAGUCUCUUGCUGGCCAAAGCAUCGAAGUUGUCCCACAGGUCAUGAGCAGGGAGAGCCUCGCCAAGACUCUGCAGGAGCUCAGUAGCUGUGGAAGUGGCAUCAAGGUAGACAUUGUGUCCUCAGAUGAAGACACUCUCUAUGGAAUUGACUGCAAACAGCUGAUGCAUGGAGAUUCCCAACUCCCAGGCAGCGAUGUGAUUGGAGCAGUUGCUAAGCUGAUGUCCCCAGACACAGAUAGGGUGACUCAGAGCGUGGAGCUGUCCUCAUUGUCUGAUAUCAUCUCUGAGCAACAUCACAUGUUUGCAGACUGUGCUCAGGUUAGGAACAACAAAGAAAGAAUACCACCAUUUCCGACAGACAAUGGAGAGAGUACAUCUGAAAUCAGAUCACCACACAAUAAUGUAACAUCAUCGGAAAAUUCAAUUAUGACAAUUAAGCAAGAACCAUCAGACAAUGACGAAAUUUGCCAAAAGCAAGACUAUUUUGAACCCUACAACACAAAGCGAAAGCGAUUGAACGAGGUAUCUGAAGAUACCCAAGCAAAGAGACUCAAAAACAACCAGCAAGACACAACUCUACCUGGAAAUGUACAAGAACCUGGUGAACUGCAGAGUGCAAUCAGUUUUACAGACUCUGUAGGAUCAAAUGACACCUCGUUAUCACAGAUGCGCAAUGUGACAAGUGUUUCAGAUGCGUCAGGUUCAAAGGACAGUAUCCCAGACACCUCGGGUACACUGCAGACAGCAGAUGGAAAUCCAGAGGAACAGAAGCCUUCAAGCCCUCAUUCUAAAGGAUAUGUGAUAAGCAUGUGCAUCAUUGCAGAUAAACUCUAUGCCUGCAUUUCUGACAGCAGAUUUAUCAUAUUCAACCUUGCAACCAACAAGAUUGAUGCAGAAGAGGAUCUUGCUCUGAGAAAUAUCAAGAACUUUGAACUGUGGAGAGACUCUACUGCAAAUAAGAUGGUGGCUUUUGCCAGUAACGGUAGCAGAAACCUGGUUCAGUUUGAUGUUCAGCGUAAAGAAUUUCUUCAGACCAUGGUGCUUCAGAAAGAGGUAUCUUGCCUUCAUUUGAAGUGGAAUAGCCUGUAUGCAGGUCUGGUUAAUGGAGAAAUCGCUAACAUCAAUGUACAGAAAUCCAGGGUUACUUGGUACUACGACUGUACGCCAACGUUUGCUGUAACCGCCAUUGCUUCUACACUAGAGGGUGGUAUAAAACUGCUGAUAACAGCUUCCAAGGAUCGCACCGUGACCAUCAGACAAGCAAAUGAUGGUCUACUGCUCCGAAGUCUGGAAGGACACAUUGAUGUGGUGACUGACUUUCAGGUGUUGGGAUCCCGUGUGUUGAGUAAAGCAAGGAACAACACCAUUUUCAUUCAUGACCUGGAUACUGGAGAUGUCAUUCAUCGUGUCAAGCAUCAAACUAAGAUCGCAUGUUGUGUGAUGUCAGGAGACACACUAGCAGUAGCUGGUCAUACUGGCAAUGUCUACUAUUACAAAAUCAUGUCUGAUGAGGUAGACAUCUUUGACAGUGGUUGUGGAACUAUAACAUGUAUGACUGCUUCUCAAGAUAUGGUGUUUCUUGGGAUCGAAGAUGGCUUCAUCGAUGUCAUUCCUCUUCACCCAUCAACUGUCUACCCCUGUGAGUGGAGUCAUUGUAUAAGUCGUUUCUUGCGUCUGGACGCCCUCAAGACCCAUCUUCAGUUUAUCCACAUACGGCGAUCAGCUCGGCAAUGCCUCUGGAAGUCUUGUCUCAAGAAUUACCCACAUAAUAAUACCACUAUCAAGGCCAUUGAACAGCAUGUGUUUUCCCACCUGAAGGACCUUAAAAAGGGUGGAACGUAGAUUUAUCCUGGAGGACUACCUUUGACAGUCAUGAAAUCAUCAUCGGAGAUCCAGGAGUAGUCAUAUGAUAGGCCUCGAUAGCUUAGGACAGUUGUGUGACAUUCAUUGGUUCCCGAAGACAGUCGUGUGGCAUUUGUUGAUUCCUCAAUACAGUCAUGUGAUAUUUGUUGAUUCCCGAAGAUAGUCAUGUGACAUUUGUUGAUUCCCGAAGAUAGUCAUGUGACAUUUGUUGAUUCCUCAAGACAGUCAUGUGACAUUUGUUGAUUCCUAAAGAUAGUCAUGUGACAUUUGUUGAUUCCUCAAGACAGUCAUGUGACAUACACUGAUUCUCAAGGACAGUUAUGUGAUUACUAAGGGGAAAAAAUGUAACAUCUGUUCAUACCUGAGGACAGUCAUGUGAUUGCUAGGGAAAGUCGUGUGACAUGUAGAUUCCCGAAGACAGUCAUGUGACUGACAUUGAUUCUGGAAAAGGUCAUGUGACAUGUCAAUUCCAAAAUACUGUCAUAUGACAUACAUUGAUUGCUGAGGACUAUCAAUGUGACAUUCCUAGGUCCCUGAGGACAGUUAGCCAUGUGACUUAUUGGUUUUUUAGGAAAGAUAUGGGACAGUCAUUUGACAAUUAUUAUAGAGAAAAGUCAUAUGAAAGGCAUUUAUUCUUGAGGACACUAAUGGGACGUCAAUUAGCAAUUUUAGAUUCCAAGAUUGGUCAAGUGAAAAUCAGGUAUUACCGAGAGUUGUCAUGUGAAAGUCAUCGUUGCCAAAUGAAGUAAGUCAUGAGACAAAAGAAUCUUUGUUCCAAUAAGUGAAUUAGAUCACAGUCAUUCCUCAAAGGCUCUUCAUUAUGAUGUGCAGCAUAGCAACCAAUAUCAGCUGGCCAUUCACAUUAAUUCAUCUGGUGUACCUUGAUACUUCUGGAAUAUAUUGCACCAGCAUUUGGCAUGCUAGUGUGAAAAACAAGAGACAAAGAAUGUAAUGUAUGAGGUUUGUCUUGAAAGAUUCCUCAAGCUAUUAUAUAAAGGGGAGAGUGGGGAAAGUAACUCCACCUUUUUUAUAAUUCCAGUUAUAUCUAUAAAGCAGUAGAAACGUGAUUACAUGUCUAUUAUUAGAUCUAGAUUAGACCGACAUUACCCAUUAGAAACGUUGGAACUAAUCAGCUUAAUUUGCAUAUUUAUGAGCCA